ACCAAACUCACCUGUUUUUUUUUUUUUUGUUAUAAAAAAAAUUAUGGUAAGGUUAAUUGGGAAAAUAUCUUCUUACGGAUUUCAAUAGCUGUUUAUGUAUAUAUAUUGUGGGAUAAUGUAUCUGAUAGACUAGUCCGAUCUUUCUUCUCCUUGCUUGACUUUUCUUAUGAUUGCCCGUCUUAAUUACUUCACUGUUGUGCGUUUCUUAUAAAUCUUUCUGGCAAAAGAGAGAUCUGAUUUGACCUCGUCUUCUUCCCUGUGGUCUGUAGAAAUGAAAGAAACAAUAGUUCUGUAUCCAGCUCCAAGUUUUGCUCACUUGGUCUCCAUGGUUGAAUUCGGAAAGCUUAUCUUGCAGCAUCAACCCCAUUUGUCCAUUGUCAUCUUGGUCCCAUCCAUGCCUUCUGCUCAUAAUUCUUCUUCUUCAUCAUACAUCAGUGAUCUCUCUCUAGCUCGAAUUCCCAUCUCUUUCCUUUCUCUCCCUUCCCUCCAAGUUACAGUCUAUGAUUCUGUCGCUAUGAAUGCUCUCAAUGUUCUUGAUGCCCUAGAAACUUUAUCUUCCUCCUUCACCAUUUUGGCUCUCGUCACCUCAGCUCCUCAUCAGAACUUGAACACCCACAUCCCCAUCUUCUGCUACUUCACUUCAUGUGCUUCUGCUCUGGCUUUCUUCCUCUACUUACCCACCUUCCAUAGCCAAACCACUAAAAGCUUCACAGAUCUCAGAGAGACUCUCUUGGAUUUUCCUGGUUUGCCUUCUCUCAGUGCUUCUAACGUCCCUGAACCUGUGCUGAACCGAGAAAGCCCCUCCUACCAAUUUUUUCUGUGUUUUGCUUCUUCUCUACUGAAAUCCAAGGGAUUGAUAGUGAACACCUUCAAUUUUCUUGAACCACGCACUGUUCAAGCUAUAACAGAUGGUGAUUGUGUCCCAAAUGAUCAAACCCCCCCAAUUUUCUGCAUUGGUCCAUUGAUUACGAGUGCUAAAGAUCAUGCUAUUGCCCGCUCAACUUCUGAUUAUGAUGAAGCAUCCGAUUGCAUGGUAUGGUUAGAUAAGCAGCCUAGUGAAAGUGUUGUGUUCUUGUGUUUUGGAAGUAAGGGCGUGUUCUCUGAAGCUCAGAUAAAAGAAAUAGCUAUUGGUUUAGAAAGGAGCCGCCACAGAUUCUUGUGGGUAGUGAAAAGUCCUCAGGGUCUGAACACAGAACCCAAAUUGGAUGAACUGUUACCGCAUGGUUUCCUAGAGAGAAUCAAAGAGAAAGGUCUGGUUGUGAAAUCAUGGGCCCCACAGAAUGCAAUUCUCAGGCACGAAUCAGUUGGUGGGUUCGUGACACACUGUGGUUGGAACUCAGCGUUGGAAGCAGUGAGCUAUGGUGUGCCAAUGGUGGCUUGGCCACUGUACGCAGAGCAGCAUAUGAACAGUGUGAUUUUGGUGAAGGAGAUGAAAGUGGCAAUAGCAGCAAGGGAUGGAAGCAGAGAAGGGCUGGUGAGUUCAGAUGAGGUAGAGAGAAGAGUAAGGCAAUUGAUGGAAAUGGAAGAAGGGAAAGUUAUGAGAUGCAGGAUUUUGGAGAUGAAAGCCAUGGCCAUCAAAGCUUGGUGUUCAGGUGGGUCCUCUUUAAAUGCAUUCAUUGACUUGGUGAGCUCUUGGAAGCGUGGUUGACCAACUCAUGCUUAUCCUUCUCUGAAUUUGUCCAACUUCAUUUUAUUUAUUAAUGAUCAAUCAUCAAACGGUGCUUUGGGAGAAACCGAGAGAGAAAGUAGCACAAUGAAUUACCCAUUUUGGACCUGUUUAUCUUUCUGUUUAAUUAGAACGUUCUUUUUCAAGAGUUAUUUUGUUAUUUUGUUUUUUAAUGAUACCUGAAACUAUAUUGUAAUAAAGAACCCAAAACAUUUAGUUCACAUACAUAGUUUGAUU